AUGCCCAACACGGAAUUCAGACUGAACCACAACGCGUGGGUGCUGCUGUCAGCUGACAGCGGGUACUCGAUGUGCAACGACCUCAGCCGGUUCACCAGCCUGCGGGCCAUCAAGCCGCUGCAGACGUCGGACGUGUCACGGCGGCUGAAGUUCGCCUACGCCAUCGGCGACGUCAAGCUCAAGAUCAAGACCAUCGGCGACGAGACGGGCGAGCUGGUGCUGCGCGGCGUGCUGUACGUGCCCGACCUGGUCUACAACAUCAUCACCGGCAGCGCCAUCAUCGGCAUCGGCGCCCCCUUCGAGGAGGGCGCCAUCGAAACCACCCAGGGCGGCCAGAUGGUCUCGGACCGCGACAAGGUCCAGCGCAUCCUGUUCCCGUCGAGCCAGGAGCGCUCCAGCGGCCUGUCCUACCUGCAGCUGGCCGACGAGUACUCGGCCCUGUGGCCGGAGGACACGCCGACCGAGGGCCGCCCGCUGCUGCUCUCGCUGACCGUCUCCGCCCGGGGGAACCCUGUCUUUAAAGGGGCGACUUUUCUGCGCCAGGACGAGCUGGGCAUCUCGACCGUCAUCAAUGGCGGCGGCCUCAGCGAUGCGUGGAGGAGAAACGGCGCCUUGUCGCCCGUGUCGCCGUCGAGCGAGAAGGACAUGUUUGGCACGGCUGCGCUAGUGAAUCAGCUGUGGAACAAGCAUGCCGCUUUGGAGGCCGAGGUCGCAAGUCUCCGCGAGAAGGUAGACGGGAUGCAAAAGUAA